GACAGGGAGUGGAUCAUAGUGGAGGGCUGCUCCCUCUCCUGCAGCUACAUCAGCUCCUCUGUCACAAACACUGAGGGACCAACAAACUUGCACUGCUCCUCCGUCCAAAUGAUGGGAUCUUAUGUAAGUGUUGGCUAAAAGAACGGCUCCAAAUUUGGAUCUAAAUUCUUUGUUUUUCUAGUGGAAAGUUUUUUGUUAGUCAAGCCUUGCAGCUCUCAUCCAGGACCAAGGAUCUGUCGUUGCCGUUGAAGUUCAGUGUGCAACAGAAAGUACUGGAGAUGGUAGAUAUUUGAACCCACUGUGAACCAGGAUGGAGCCUGUUAAGAGAGACAUGGAGCUGCUCAGCAACAGCAUGGCGACCUACGCUCACAUCAAAGCAAAUCCAGAGACCUUCGCCCUCUACUUCAUGAUGGGCGUCUGUCUCGGCCUGCUCAUGGCGCUGUGCCUCCUGGUGGCCGGCAUCGCCUGCAGGACUCGCCGCCACAAAAGACCUCCCCCCUCCCCCGAGAGGAGAAAGCUGAAAGAGUCCAGUGGGGAAGAGGACGAGGAUGAAGAAGAGGAGGAGGAGGGCAUCGCGGAGGAGGAUGGGGAGGAGACAGAUAUCCCUAAAUUGACACUGGGGCCCAUGAGCAAUCGCAGCAGCCAGUCUACCGGGACUCUGAGGAGCGUGAAUGUGUUCGCGUCGGCGGAGGAGCUGGAGAAGGCGCGACGUCUGGAGGAGAGGGAACGAAUCGUCAGGGAGAUCUGGAGGAACGGACAGCCGGACAUUCUGGUCACAGGGACGGGGACUAUUGGACGAGUGCAUUACCACUAGCUUAUCACUUUGACUGCCCUGAAAAUCCACCUCACUGACUGUAAAUGGCAGGACAGACACAGCACAUUGAUAGAGACAUUUUGAUUUGUGUGGCAACCCAAAGUGUCAAAUAUUAAAGUAAAGGUGUGUAGUAAAUUGAUUGGGGUACUGAGGAGGGCUGUUUCACCAAAGCUCUCCCCAGGGUCAUUAAUGUUUGAACCCUGCUCUUGAUUCACAAACAGUGUUAAUUGAGUCCAGCUAGUUUAAUCAUGUGACCCGUUAUUUAAAUCUCAAACUCUUGACUUGACUUAUAAUGUGCACCACCAAUGUGCACAUUAAUAAAACACUGAUACAGAGACAUAACUGUGUUCCCCUGCAUAAGUGGAGAAAAAGUGAAUUUUCACACAAUUCCUAGAUAAAUAAGACAUUACGAAAUAAUGUAUCAUACUAUAAAUACAAUCAAAACGUGCAAUAUAUUCACGUUAUUUACACAUCCAAUACAUUUUUUUAAACUCUGCUUUAAGUUUUGAAAAUGUUAUUUAAUCUUAAUUGAUCAAGAAAAACCUGUUCCUCCAGAUUGAAAGCAUUGUCAGUCUUUGGGGGGAAAUAAAAUAAUUAAAAUUAAAUUGUCCUUAUAUAAACUCUCAUUUCCAUUUUACUGAUUCCAUAUUCAACAUCUUAGGUCUUUGCCAUAGCUUUCUGUUAUAUUGACAUGGGGCAGAUUUUGUAUGCAGCAUAAUUUGGCUCCAUCUGUAUUUUACCAUAUCUCUGCAAUGUGAAAAAAUUUAAGUUUAACCACUUUUUUACAAUCAAGAACGGGAUAUAUUUAUCAUUUGGUGUAGCAGUGUCCAUUUGUGAUUGUUUAUGUGUCAAACAAUACAUUUAUUUGCAGUUUUUUAGCGAUAAUUAAGAGGAGAAAAUAGUUAGCAUCUGUAUGAGAACUAUGUAGUGUUAGCUAGCUAGAGCCAGGAGUCGGUUAGUUAGCUUAGCUUAGCUUAGCUUAGCACAAACAAAUGGUAGAAAUCGCUGAUUUUUAAUCUCUGUUUGAUGGUAACAAAAUUCACCUAUCGGCCGAAGGUUAAAAAGUACAACUUUUACUGUGUCACUGACGUUAGCGGUGACGUUGCCAGGCAACCCCGGGAGACCUACCGGUCCAGUCCUAAGAAUAGUCCGGCUCCAAACAAUGCUAUUCCAGACAUGGUUCCAGUCUCUUAUCUUGUAUGAUAGCAAAUUUCUAUAUUUAUGUUUUUUACUGUGCUAAUUGUUCCAUUCAUAUGUUUUAGUAAUCUAUUAAUUAUUUUUCAAUAUUUGAAAUUGCUUGAUUUGUAUGACCAACAGUCCUGCAAAUAUUUGUUUUAAAGCGAUAUAAAAGAGGGAAAACACCAUAUUUGAAAAACUUGAAUCAAGAUUGUUUGGACUUUUAUUUGAAAAAUAAGGCUUAAACAAUCAUCAAAACAUAAACAUAACUUCAGUUAUCAAAAAAGAGGAUUGGUUUUCUGUUAAUCAACUAAUCAUUUAAUAAUAAUAAUUUCUGCCUUUUCUUUUUAUUAUAGAAAAUAUUCUGUAUAUUAAUCCAUAAGGAAAAUAGUGAUACGGUCCAGCCCUGGUGUUAAACUGCUCCAACAGAGGCAGCUUCACGGUGGGCUAAUCUUAGCAGAGAAGUUGGUUUCCCACAGAAACCCUCCAGUCUUUUUCCCAGCCUUUAAAUUGGCUUGUGUCUCUGACCCCAUCACUUCCUGUGUUUCCCUUUCCACAAUUCCCAUUACGCUCCCUCCUAGUUUUAGCUGCAACACUGCAGCUCUCUCUGCUGAAGACAUGUCUGUUUACUGGCUAUGAAAGAGCCAUUCACCUAAGCCGUUCUGUAGAUAUUACCAAUGCUGAGCUUCUCCAAGCGAUGUCCCAGGAGACAGUCUAUUUUCUGUUGGCAGGAUUUUCCUCCUCUGUCCAUGAAAAGGUUCUCUAUGUUAUAACUGCAGGAGCUUGUGUCGAGUGUCCGUUAAGCGGCACUGAAUGGAGAUUGUUGUAGGAUUUAAGAGAAAACAACUCAAGAAACUGACAAAAUGAAACAUUCACGACCUUAUGGUUUGUGCUAA